AUGGCCGGCCUCGACGCGGCGCGGCACAUCAAGUACUGGCAGCGGUGCCAUUCCUCCUUCCUGCCGUCUGCCUACACUGCUAAUGACUCCACGCGCCUCACCUUUGCCUUUUUCAUCGUCUCGGCCCUCGACCUGCUGGGCCCCUCUGCCGACGCGGCCACUGCUCCUUUGCUGAGCGCUGCGGACCGGGCUGCCGUGCGCGCCUGGGUCCUCGGGCUGCAGCAUCCGGAUGGCGGCUUCUGCGGGAGCCCGACGCACGCGCUGCGCGACCAGCCUGCGCGCGGCGCGGCGAAUCUGGCGGCUACGUUCUUCGCGCUGCUGCUGCUGGCGCUGGCGGCUGGCGAUGAAGGCGAGGCGGGGGCGGCAUUCGCGGGUGUGGAGAGACGGAAACUGCUGCGCUGGCUGAGGCGGUUGCAGCGGUGUGACGGGAGCUUUGGACAGGUGCUGUGGGAGGGCGAGGCCGUGGGCGGGAGGGACAUGCGGCAUAGCUACUUCGCGAGUUGUAUUCGGUGGAUGCUACUCGGAGACGGAGGCGAUGCAGAAGAGGAUGAUGUGGAUGUCGAGAGCAUGGUUGCGCACAUUCGGCGAUGUCAGACGUUUGACGGAGGCCUUGCCGAAGCCUCAGAACACGAAUCCCACGCCGGCUACGCGUAUUGCGGCAUCGCGGCACUCUACAUGUUGGAUCGCCGGGGGCCAUUCUCUUCAGCGUCCAGGGAGGCAGCCAUGGAGGCAGGCAUUGGGUGUCGCGACAGGUUGGUCCGUUUCUUCGCCCACCGCCAGUUCGAGUACCUCGCGAAGCAAGAGGAGGAUGACGAUGCCAGCGACGAUGAAAACUUCGUCGAGUCCAAGCUUGGCGACAUGGAUCUGGACGAUGGGUGUGCCUGCGUGGGCUUCAACGGGCGGUGGAACAAAAAGGCCGACACAUGCUACACGUGGUGGAUCCUUGAUAGCCUGGAGGUGGUCAACGCGGCCCCUUCGCGACGGUACCUCGUUGACGUCACACAGCACCGCAUCGGCGGUUUCGGCAAGGCCGUCGGCUCCCCACCAGACAUCUACCACUCGUACUUGGCGCUCGCGGCGUUGGCGCUGCUUGGAGAGCCGAGCCUAAAGGAGUUUGACAUAGGGCUGUGGUGCAGCAAGGAUACGGCACGCAAGGUCAAGCUGGCGCGCCGUGGGCUGCUAGAGAAGGAGAAGAACCUGUUUGAUGGGGACGGGUUCUGGGACACGGUUGAGCCUCUGGGGCGGUAG